AUGGAAUCACCAUCAUCUUCGACGCGUUUCACCCUCCUACCCACAUCCUAUCUAGCUUCCCAACCACCUUCUUCCGAAAUUACUCUUCAAUCUCUCAUAGAUACCUCUGAUCGUAUGGCCGAAGAGGCCAGAGAAGCCUUACCCUACUGUUUUGAUGAAUGUACAUAUGAUAAAGGAUAUCUAAGACAGAGCGUAUGGUCUUGUCUUGAUUGCGGUGAAAAGGGAGUAUGUUAUGGAUGUUCAAUAUCCUGCCAUUCGGAGCAUCGACUAGUCGAACUCUGGACUCGUCGUUCAUUCCGAUGUGAUUGUCCAACUUCCUCGACCCAACCUGAACCUGUUCCACCAGCCAAACGAAGGAGAUGCGGUCUGUAUCCACCUGAUCAACAGCCCCAGGAACCUAAUGAAAAGAAUAAGUAUACUCAGAAUUUCAAGGGGAAGUUCUGUAGGUGUGGGAAAGAGUAUGACGCUGAGACGGAAACGGAAGCUAUGAUCUGUUGUAUCGCUUGUGAAGAUUGGUUCCAUGAAUCAUGUCUCAACCUCCGUCUCACCAUCUCUUCUAAUACACAGCCAACACAGGUCAAACCUGACGAUACAGAUCCAGCUGUACCUACAGCUACAACGAACCGUCCCUCAAGCAACCCACAAAAUUCCGAAAAUGUAGUAGAUGAAGAAGAUGAUGAAGAGUCGACUGUACUGAUCCGAUCAGAUAGUUACGACGGUCUGAUCUGCGCAGAUUGUGUGAAGGGUAACGAAUAUCUACGGAAUCAAGCAGGAAAGGAUGGGUGGAUGAUCAUUGAGCCUACUUCGGACGGUAGUCAAAGUGGAUGGACGGUGAUUGGGCAAAUAUUAGAUACAGGUAAUGAUGUGAAUGGCAAGACCGGAGGUGGAGAAGAGGUGACUACGAGUAAAAGCGAACAUGUGGAGGAUGUCGAGGAGAAGGGGAAGCGGAAAGCUGAAGAUUCCGAUGAAGUGGGAGAAGAGUCUACGAAGAAGAUUAGAUUGGAAAAUGGCCUAGCAACUCCCGUUACAGCGAGUAACAAAUCGACAUCGCAAGGUACCUCCUCAAUAUCCUCAUCAUCAUCAGGUUGGCAAUGGAAAGGUAAGGGAGAUAUAUUUUUAGCUAACGGGGUACGAGAUCAACUGAAAGAUCAACUUGAUGAAGAGACAAUUGCUAGUUUACCGUUCCCAUUGGUAGAUGAAGAGAUAUAUGAACCUCCAAAAGAUGAUGAACAAGAAGAAACGAUCGAACAGGUUACAUCAAGAGUGAUGACUUCCCUACCCAGGGUCCAAGCUAUAGAAGCGUUACACGAAUAUCAAAGGUUGAAGGAUCACCUCAAUACGAUGUUACAGCAACACGUCUCAUCAGGUCAAUCAGUUAGCAAAGCGGAUAUCGAGAAUAUGUUUGAACAGCUCAAAGGGAGAAGGGAGUAG